UGUACCAAUUUUUAUUCGUUCAUUCAUUUUCCCUCCUCGCCAGUUUCUUUUCAUUUUCUCCCUUCCCAAACAAAUUCCUCAAACAUGUCCGAUCUUGGCUCUGAUCUUCCCGCUGCCGCUGCUGCUCUUAGUGCUGAGGAUCGUGCUGGUCUCGUGAAUGCACUGAAGGAUAAGCUUCAGCUCUUGGCUGGGCAGCAUGUGGACAUACUGGAAACACUAUCACCCAAAGUCAGGCAACGCGUGGAAGUUCUCAGAGAUCUGCAGAGCCAACAUGAUGAACUGGAGGCUAAGUUUUUAGAGGAGCGAUCACAGUUGGAGGCUAAAUACCAGAAGCUCUAUGAACCACUUUACACCAAGAGGUAUGGUAUUGUCAAUGGCAUGGUUGAGGUUGAAGGAAUUGCAAAUGAAGCAGCACCAGAUGAAGCCAACAAAGAUGCAGAAGAGAAAGGAGUGCCUAACUUCUGGCUAACUGCAAUGAAGACUAAUGAAACACUGGCUGAAGAGAUCACUGAACGUGAUGAGGGGGCUCUCAAGUAUCUUAAAGAUAUCAAGUGUUGUAGAAUUGACGAUCCUAAGGGCUUCAAGCUGGAGUUUUAUUUUGAUUCUAAUCCUUACUUCAAAAAUUCUGUGCUAACAAAAACAUAUCACAUGAUUGACGAUGAUGAUCCUAUAUUAGAGAAAGCAAUAGGGACGGAGAUUGAGUGGCAUCCAGGAAAGUGCUUGACACAAAAGAUUCUUAAGAAGAAGCCAAGGAAAGGAUCAAAGAAUGCUAAACCCAUCACAAAAACAGAGAAGUGUGAAAGUUUCUUCAACUUUUUCAACCCUCCCCAAGUCCCUGAGGAUGAUGAUGAUAUUGAUGAUGAUGCUGUUGAAGAGCUUCAGAAUUUGAUGGAACAUGAUUAUGACAUUGGUUCAACAAUCCGGGACAAAAUUAUUCCUCAUGCUGUGUCAUGGUUCACAGGGGAGGCUGCACAGAGUGAUUUUGAGGAUAUAGAAGAUGAAGAUGAUUAUGACAACGAAGGUGAUGGGGACGAAGACGAAGAUGAUGACGACGAUGAUGAUGAGAAUGACGACGAGGAUGACGAGGAAAAGGAAGGGAAGAUCAAGAAUAAGAGGGGUAACAGGGCCCCACCUGGUAAAUAUCAGCCGACAGAGCGCCCUCCUGAAUGCAAGCAGCAGUAAUGCUUGGUUGUGUGCAACAGACCUGGAUAGAUUUAGUUUCAGAGGAGUAAUUACUGUAGGUCUCUGGGUAUUCAGUCAAAAUUUGCAACUGUCUGCGCCUUUUUGGGUGGUGGGUUGGGGGCUUAUAUUUUGGGUCUCUUCCUGGGUUUCUUUGGGUUGCCCUGUGAUAUGGAUUAUAUUUCUCUCUUUGGUUUUUGUUCUACGAAAAAAAAAUAAAAAUAAAGUGAUAAGUAUAUUUGUGUCGUCGUCCAUAUUAUUGUGUAUUGCGUGAAACUGUACAGAUCUGCUUGCAUUGUUGUGAUUGUUCUACCAAAAUAUUACAUUGUGAAAAAGUGUACUUGGAAAAGAAUGAUAGUGAUCAAGGGAAUCUUGGAGAUUGG